GUGAAUUGCCGUACGUUGCACUUGAGUUUCUCAGAUCACGAUGGCGGUCUACAAAUUGAGAUACUUCAACGUGAUGGGAUUAGGGGAACCGAUCAGGUAUCUUCUCAGCUACGGCGGCGUCGAAUUCGAGGAUAUCCGGUUGGAGCAUAGUUCGAAAGAAUGGGCAAACAUGAAACCAACGACCCCGUUUGGUCAAUUGCCCACGUUGGAAAUCCACGGGAAAGUUUACUCGCAAACGUUACCUAUUUGCCGUUACCUGGCCAAACAGUUUAAUCUGCUCGGCAAAACCGAUUUGGAUACGCUGCAGAUCGAUGGGAUCGCGAACGCUCUUCACGAUUUCAGACGGCUGACAAUAUCGAAUUAUUAUAGAGAGACUGAUCCGAUCUUGAAAGCGAAGAAAAAGGUCGAAGUAAUGACGAACGUGAUACCCCUUUAUUUGGACAAACUGGAGGACCUGGCGAAAAAAAAUGGCGGAUAUUUGCACGGUGGUCAGUUGAGUUAUGCCGAUCUAUUUUUCGUUGCUAUUUCCGACUCGUUGAGUACCGCCUACGAAUCUGACAUCACGAAGGACAAACCACACUUGAAAUCGUUGAAAGAAAAGGUUAUGGGGAUUCCCAGUAUCAAGGUGUGGAUAGAGAAAAGACCAAAGUUGGAAUUUUAACGAAUCAUGUGUAUUUCUGACGUUUCUGUG